UUGCCCUGCCACAGCACCACGAGCAGGCAGACCCGGCCGGCAAGUACAUCUUCUUCGCGAACCAUGUCCACGGUGCGUCGCCAUGCCUUCGUUGCUGAGUGACGUCGCGCCGACGCGCAGGUAGCCUCGGGGUGGGGGAACGCCAUGCAGGAGCUGCUGUUCAACUCGUAUUUAGCGUACAACACAGGACGGCACUUUGCGUUCGAUAACUACACUUGGAACAGGGACGGCUCCGACUACACGGACUACAACGGCAAGCUCAUCCCCUCGCGGAUCCCGAAUACCGCGCUCAUCCGAGGACCUGCUGUGGGCGACCCAUUCCCGCCCGGAGACAACGCCUCGCUCGCAGUCGUCAAAGAGUAUUUUGACAAGGUCUGCCCGGAGCCCACCGUCAUCAGCAGCGAUGUGGUCGGCAAGACACUCGAUGGCGAUGCGUCUGCGCAGACCGUGCUCGAGGCAUGGGUCGCAAAGCUGCGCGCGAUGGACGACCACCCAUGCAUCGAAAUCGAGCGUGACACCCAGCAAAUCUUCUCAAUAUGGAUCUUCGGCUCGACACGCGUCCUCGACAUCUUCCCCGGAUUCGCGAAGUCACCCAUCAUGACCCUCUUCCGCUGGUCCCCCCUGAUCGAGUCUGCCUUCGCGGUUAAUCGGCCAGUCAUCUCCCCACCCACCUUCCUCGACAAACUCCUGCCCUCGAUCCCCUUCUUGCGGCCAUCCACGCCCUACCCGAUGAUUUCCGGCCUGCUCGUGCUACACAUCCGCCGGGGCGACUUCGCGGAGCACUGCGCGCACCUCGCGCGGUGGUCCUCGCUCUUCAACGGAUUCAACUCGUUCCCGGAGCUGCCGGACCAGUUCGAGCCGCCGCCGGGCGCGGGCUGGGGCGAGAACACGCCCGAGAACACGCAGCUGUACAUGCAGCGGUGCUUCCCGACCGUAGAGCAGAUCGUCGAGAAGGUGAGAGACGUGCGCGCGACGCGCGCGGGGCGCGGCCUGCGGAACGUGUACAUCAUGACGAACGGCGCAAAGGAGUGGGUGGACGAGCUGAAGGCGGCGCUGUUUGCGAUGGGUGGGCUGGAGCGGGUCACAGGGAGUAGGGAUGUCCUGCUGAAUUGGGAACAAAAGUAUGUGGCGCAGGCCGUGGACAUGCUCAUCGGCCAGAGGGCACAGGUGCUCAUCGGGAACGGGUUCUCGAGUCUGACCUCGAACAUCGUCAUGAUGCGUAUGGCAAACGGCUUCGCACCCGAUAGCAACCGUUUCUGGUAGCCCGCGCCCGUCCAAACAUAUUAGAACCGGUCUCCUCUGCUCGGCGGACGAUGGCUAGGAUAUAUUGCUCUAAUUAGGAACACCCUUUCCCUGUACUUGUAUGCUCUGGCAGGCAGAUAUCGUCUCGCGCAGGAACACUUGGAUACCCUUGCGCGUGUGCGCACGGAUUGUUGCGAUGGCCAGUUUGCUCAAUUGUCAUGGGUAUGUGUAAAGGGCCACGGCUACUACUGCAUGAUCAUGUCAUUAUCUCUAGAUGUCCGA